AUUGACGAUGGAAGUGAAGAGGAAAGAAGUAAUUAUGGCACUUCUGUUACUCACGAUUGUUUCAGUGAGUUCUUUGAAGCACUUUUUUGUUGUAACAUUUUAAGGCGACAAACGUUUACCAAUUUUUGUGAUUUUGUCUUUACAAAAGCUUAUAAAAAUGAUUCAGUAUUGGAAGAUUUGGAUGAUGUGCUACCGGCACCACCUGAUGGUGGAUAUGGAUGGGUGAUUGUAUUCGCUGCAUUUAUGUCGAAUUUUGUAGUUGAUGGUAUUGCUAAUUCGUUUGGUGCCUUCAUGAGCAUUUAUCAGGAAUAUUUUGAUGCGCCAAAAGCAUUAGUUUCGCUUAUUGGCUCUUUACUUAUUGGUUGUUAUUUAUUAAUUGGGCCAGUUGCUGGUGGACUCGUGAAUAAAUAUGGUGCUCGAAUGGUUGUCAUAAUCGGUACAAUUGUGGCUGGCUCCUCGUUCUUCGCUUCUAUUGCUUGUUCGAACAUUUAUAUUUUCAUGAUUUUUUAUGGAUUUCUUGGUGGAGCUGGUUUUGGACUUAUUUAUCUCCCAUCAAUCGUUACAGUUGGUUAUUAUUUUGAAAAGAAACGCUCAAUUGCAACUGGUAUGGCGGUAGCAGGUUCUGGCGUUGGUACAUUUGUACUUCCUAUUGCAGAGUUUGGAUGGAAAGUAGCUGUCGGUUCGCUUGCUGCCUUGACAUUCUCUAGUAUUAUAUAUGGGUUACUGUAUAGACCAUUAUCAGCAACAGUCAAGGAUCGAAAAAAGAAUGCCAAAGCUGAUGUUGAGCAAAUGGUUCGUUUAUUUAUAAAACUAAAACGCUUUAUUUUAUCGAACGAGUAUGUGCUUUCUGCUUGUAGCAUAGGUAGUCAGGCAGCAUCGAUAACCGAUUUAAAAACAAGCCAUGGAAAUUUGAUUAAUCCAUUAAGCAAAAUAUCAGCUCGUAGUUUUGCGCAGUCAAUAAGUCGUCUGUCACAGUCUUCUCGAAUUAAGGGUGCUCAAUCGCUGAUGUCAGUUGCGAGCAGUCUCAAUCCAAAAGAGUUCAAUAAGCCAAUGAACCGACGCGAUAUAUUUUAUUCAGGCUCAAUUCGAAAUUUAUCUGAGUUUAAGUCUGAAGGUACUAUGUCUUUUAUUUCCUUUUUGUACAGGGAAUCUCAAACAUUAAUCCCUGCAUCAACAGUUGCUAAAGUGGUUUCCGGCGCGUCGCAUUUGGAAGUAAUUAGCGACAUAGGAGAUAAAUUUGAUGAAAGUCACCAGAUUUCGAAAAAUCAACUGGAGCAGUCUAAUGAAGUCUUGGAUUUUUAUGAUGAUAGUAAGUGCAACUGGAUCCCAAUAGCAAUUCGUAAUGCUCUAACUGAAAUGAUCGAUGUUUCUUUGCUAAAAGAACCUUCAAUGUUUUUGCUUUGUAUAUCAAAUUUAUUUGGGAUGCUUGGAUUUUACGUGCCGUUUAUGUUUCUCAUUGAUAUGGCAGUAGCAAAAGGACAUACGAAAGGAAGUGGUUCAUUAUUGUUGUCCGUCAUCGGUGUUACUAAUACUGUAGGUCGAAUAGCGUUUGGAUGGUUGGCUGACCGAGGUUGGGUUUCAGCAUUAACAAUCAAUAACUUGGCAUUAAUUGGAUGUGGUUUGCUUACGUGUCUUUGUCCGCUGUUACCAGGUUUUGGAGGUCUCAUGUUCUAUUCCAUUUUAUUCGGAUUCAUUAUUUCUGCUUAUAUUUCACUUACAUCGAUUGUAUUGGUAGAUGAGUUAGGCUUGGACCGAUUAACAAAUUCAUUUGGUUUGUUAGUGGUCAGCAGAGGUAUAGCGUCGUUAUUAGGAACUCCACUUGCUGGAAUUGUAUACGAUUUGUUCACAUCUUAUGAUGCAUCAUUUUAUUUUGCUGGUGUGAUUAUAUUGAUGUCUGGUUUGGUUUCGUGUCUCAUUCCCGUCAUCCGCUAUUGUAAACAUAAGAAAUUCGCGGAAAAAACAGUGCAACAAAAUAGAAGGACUGACGAAGAGAUCCAUUCUGGAAAACUGUCGGUACUAACUGAGCAUUCAGAGGAAAAUUUAACGGAAUACCAGCGUACUUUACAAAGUCUUCAGCAGGAGCGAAAAUUGUUGGAAGAAUUGAAUAGCAAUUAG